AUUUACUGAACUUCUUGAAUGAGUUGAAUUUGAUCGUUCGGAUGUGUUAGAUGUUAUUUUAAAAAUAUGCAAAAAACAUAGAGAAUUUAAAAAAGAAAAAAAAAUAAUUUCUAAAUCAAAAUGGAAUCAUGUGAAGAUUUUGAGAAGAGUGAAAUAAACGGCGAAAGAAUUGAAAUCGAUUUUAAAAGUUCCUUUGCUCGUUCUUUAUCCGAUAAUACAGACAUAAUAGAAUUUGAUAAGCCAAGGCAGCUGGUGGCAAUUGAAUGUAGUGAAUUUAGUGAUGAUAAAAAUGAUGUUGAAGUGAAUGAAAAGUAUUUUACCAAUAAAUUUUUAAGUGACAAUGGAUUCAAUAAGUCAGAUGAAGAUAAAGAGAAGCAAUUGUGGAGUAUAACGAAAAAGAAACAUCAGGUUUUAAAUGGAAAUUGUGCUAUUGACUCUUCAAAUGAUGCAGAAAUUCUACGGUUAAGAAAGGAAUGUCAAAAUCUGAUUGAAGAAAAUAGGCGGCUUAAUACAGGAAUGGAUACAAAGCAUGACAAGAGUUCAGUACAAAACACGGUACUUUUAACGAAAAUAGAGACUUUAGAAUGGCAAUUAAAGCAGGUGGAAAAUAGUCGUCAAAUGUACAGGGCAAUUUUGGAAGAGGUGUCAAGGUAUAUUGAAAAGUGUCAUACAAGUUUUGAUAUAUGGCAUCAACAGCAGGAACAAGGACAAAUAGAGCGAUCAAAAAGUAUAUCAUUCAUAAAGAAGGACAAGUUGUCAUAUAAUGAAGCAUUUUUAAAAAUUAACGAAGCAGAUGGAAUUAGAACUCGAAGUAGUACAAACCUAAAUUGUAGCACGCCCUAUAGCGUUAAACACAAGUCUGGAACAUUUCUCAGCGAUUUAUCUUAUAGUAGCUUUAAAGAUUUCACAUGGCGAAGACCGAAGAAGAAUAGUGAAAAUAAAAUAGAAGAGAAUUUAUUAAACUUAGAUUUAACAACCGAUCAAAUAGAUAUCCAAAAGUUAUCAAAAGAGGCUUUUCGAUUACAUCGAACAGUGCAAAACUUUUUAUGCACCCACGAACCACUGUUGUCACAAUCACCACACGAUAAAAUCAACAAUAAUGAAACUUUUCCACAACUCUCUGACUGCUCAUCCUCAUCGCCCUUUGAAAAUGAGUUACAAAUAUCUUUUGGUAGUACUAAUGACUCGCCUAAUUCAACGAAAUCAAAUUUUGAGAAUGUUACCCUAAUAUCAAAUUCUACAGAAGUUAAGAAAAAUGUAAAUUUCCAUAAAUCAUCCAAAAGAUCGUCUGCGACUGAAGACGAAAGCGGUUUUUCGUCAAUGAGCUCAUUUCACGAAAUUGGAUUACCUGUGCCUUCAGAUACCUUAGUAGAGAAUCGAUUUUCCAAAAGCAAUGAACUGCAAGCAUUGAAAAGAAACGAUUUGGAGCGAAUAAAGAAUUCAAAGGACAAACAUGUGGAAACUGAUGACAAUUCAUUUAGAGUUUUAUGGGUAUGAAGGAUUAAAAGACGAUAGAAGUUAAAAAACCAAAGAGACAAGAAUUCAUUUUCAUGAAAAAGUGCAUUUUAUUAAUAAUUUUUUUGUACAUGACAUUAAAUCAUUGAUUUACAAUAAAAU